UGUUAGAAUUUUGGGAAUACAUAGAAUAAGUACUAAGAUUCACUGUAGACAAUAUCUGAAACCAGGGUUCUGAAUACCUAAUUGUGUGUGUAUGCAGAGCAUAAGAGGAUAAUAUGGAUUUGCACUGCUACUGCUGCUGCUGCUCUGUUGAUAGUGGUGCUUUUGCAUCAUGUGCUGUCUAUUAAGAAGAAGAAAUCUUUUACUUCCAGGGAACAGGGCAAAGGUUGAUCAGAAGGAACUUCUUGACGUAAAGAAAUCGUUCACAUGUAAUGAUGUCAAUGGGCUUCAAGAAGAUGGAGAGAUGGAACAUGAUUUAAGAGUAUUUAUCUAUGCAUCUCUUAUGGCUGCCACAGGAGACUUCUCCGAGGAAAACAAGCUUGGAGAAGGGGGCUUUGGACCUGUUUAUAAGGGAAAACUUAUGACAGGACGAGAAGUAGCUGUAAAGAGGCUUUCAAGAUGUUCGGUGAAAGGAUUGGAGUUUAAGAAUGAACUGACACUCAUAUUUGAGCUAGUAACAUACUGCUUGAUGGAAAUAUGAACCCCAAAAUCUCUGACUUUGGUAUAGCAAGGAUUCUCACUCAUACUGAUCUAGAAGCAGAGACUAAUAGGAUUGUUGGGACAUUUGGUUACAUGUCUCUUGAAUAUGUCACAGGGGCAAUUUUUCUACAAAAUCUGAUGUCUAUAGCUUUGGAGUAUUAGUGCUUGAAAUCAUAAGUGGUAGGAAAAAUAACUGAAUAUAAGCUUAUUUCAGGCAUGGGAGUUAUGGAAAGGAGGUGCAGGGCUACGAUUAGUGGAUCUGAAACUGGGCGAUUCAUGUAUUGAUGA